GAGGAAACACCAGCGCCAGUUGAAUAUAUCCAACAUCUCUUUCUGGAUGUCUAACUAAACAUCAGAAUCGCAAGACCCAUACCAAGGGAUAGUGUGAGCGUUAACAGCGGGAAAGAAAAUCCUCGCAGGGGUGAAGUAGUGGGCCUUGUACAGUAUAGGUUUUUUCCCUCGACACUUGUACAGGCCAAAGAUGUCAGCAAGGGUUUCCCGGAGAAGAGACUACCAUAUUGUCGUGUUAGGCGCUGGCGGCGUUGGAAAGAGCUGCCUUACCGCUCAAUUUGUACAGAAUGUAUGGAUCGAAAGCUAUGAUCCGACCAUCGAGGAUUCGUACCGAAAGCAAAUUGAGGUUGAUGGCCGUCAGUGCGUCCUAGAGAUUCUAGAUACAGCUGGUACUGAUCAAUUCACUGCUAUGAGAGAGCUAUAUGUGAAGACUGGACAAGGAUUCCUUCUGGUUUUCUCCAUCACCUCUUUAAGCAGCCUUUAUGAGUUAUCACGCAUUCGAGAGCAGAUUGUCAAUAUCAAAGAUGAUGACAGCGUCCCUAUCGUUAUCGUGGGAAACAAAUCGGACCUCGAAGAUGAGCGAACCGUCACUAGGUCAGAGGCAUUCAGCGUGUCACAAAAUUGGGGAAACGCUCCGUACUAUGAGACAUCGGCGAGACGCAGAGCGAACGUGGAGGAGGUUUUCAUAGAUCUCUGCAGGCAGAUUAUUCGGAAAGACAAUGCGGGUGCACUAAGUAUAGAAGAGGAAAUCGUAUAUGGGUAUGAAGAUCCUGGAGAGGUGCAGGGUCACGUACGGAGAGAUGGAGGACAACAUAGCCAUGGACGGCGGCGGAAAAAAAAACCUACGUGUACGAUUUUAUGACAUGCUGACAACAGUAUUCCAGCAAGAAUGAUGCCUCAGUUUGAUAGUAUGCCAGCUCUAUCCCUUUUCUUGUAUCACCGCAGUCUGUUCGUUCCGAACACCAUAGAAGAUCUCUUACCGUCCCCGCAUGGUAAUUCUGCCUUCCUUCUUCUGGUCGGGACGCAAGAUUGUGUUUUUCUAUUGCUUGUUUCCGAACCUCAAAUUCUCCGACCCGCUCGAGCGCUCAGGCGAUGUUGUUACCCGACACCAGACAUGGUGAACUAAUCGAGAUAGGGUUUGAUUCAACUAGAGUUACUAGUCUCGAUGGAAAGAUCUGUUCUGCAUCCCGACUUUACCUCGAGGGGAUUCAAGCACUCUUCUAUCCUCGGCGCCUCGGGGAAUAAACAGUAAUCGGCUGAAAAGGGAAGCGGUAUCCAAACA